GUGUGAUGGCGAUGUGCGCGUUCCCGUGAACACCCGGAGGACUAACAGGAGGUGACCCCCCCGUCCCCCCCAGCGAGGAUCUGAUGACUUUCUUCAAGCUGACAUUCAAAUGUUUUGUGGAUUGCUUCUGAACGUCGACGGAGAGCGUUUUUUAUUUCUAUAUUUGACUUUCUGUCAUUUGUUUAUUUUUGGGGGGGGAACGAGAGCCAGCCAAGAAAAGUGUUUCGCGUGCGUCUUGGUUUGAUUGACAGCUGAGACAGUCAGGAUUCGUGUGUGUGUGUGUGAGCGCGCGCUUUGGAACAUUCCAAAUAAGUAAUCCCUAUUAGUUCUUAUCAUUGUUGUUACUAUUAGUGAUUUGAGUGAUUGAUGGAAAAGCAGACUCCUCCCACUUCGUCCUCCUGCUCUCUGCUCCUCCUGGAGGAGGCUAAAAGGAGUCAGCUCCUCCUCCCUGCUCCGCUCAUGGCGGCGGACGGCAAGAAAGGAGGCGUAGUCAUGGGGGCGGAGCCAGGGCGUCAAGAGCGGGAGACGUGGACCAGACAGAUGGACUUCAUCAUGUCCUGUGUGGGCUUCGCUGUGGGUCUGGGGAACGUGUGGAGGUUCCCCUAUCUGUGCUACAAGAACGGAGGAGGCGUCUUCCUCAUUCCAUACCUGUUGAUUGUCUUUGUGGGCGGAGUCCCCAUCUUCUUCCUGGAGAUCUCAUUGGGUCAGUUCAUGAAGGCUGGAAGCAUCAAUGUGUGGAACAUCGCACCGCUUUUCAAAGGUCUGGGCUACGCGUCCAUGGUGAUUGUGUUCUUCUGCAACACGUACUACAUCAUGGUGCUGGCGUGGGCCUUCUACUACCUCAUCAAUUCCUUCAGCGCCCAAUUGCCGUGGUCCACGUGCGAUAACCCCUGGAACACGUACGCCUGCGUGGACGCCUUCAGUCUCCAUCACUGCAACAAUGCCACUGAUAACCACACACACCCCACCGUCACCAACGGCAACCUGUCCUGCGACGACCUCGCCCACGCCAGAUCCCCUAUCAUUGAGUUCUGGGAGAACAAGGUUCUGAACAUCUCAUCGGGCCUGGACGACCCGGGUCAAAUCAACUGGGAGCUGCUGCUGUGUCUGAUGGCCGUGUGGCUGCUGGUCUACUUCUGCGUGUGGAAGGGUGUCAAAUCCACGGGAAAGAUUGUGUACUUCACAGCAACGUUCCCGUACGUGGUUCUGAUUAUCCUGCUGGUCCGGGGAGUCACGCUUCCUGGCGCUUAUGAUGGCAUCAUGUACUACAUCAAACCUGACUGGUCCAAACUAGAAGAGGCUCAGGUGUGGAUCGACGCCGGGACACAGGUGUUCUUCUCGUACGCCAUUGGUCUGGGAGCGCUGACGGCGCUAGGCAGCUACAACCGCUUCAACAAUGACUGUUAUAAGGAUGCCUUUGUGCUGGCACUGAUUAACAGCGGCACCAGCUUCUUUGCCGGCUUUGUGGUCUUCUCCAUCUUGGGCUUUAUGGCGGCUGAGCAGGGCGUCGACAUCUCGCAGGUUGCAGAGUCAGGUCCAGGUCUGGCAUUCAUCGCGUAUCCAAAGGCAGUCAGUUUGAUGCCAGUGGCGCCAUUAUGGGCGGGGCUUUUCUUCUUCAUGCUGCUGCUGCUCGGCCUAGACAGUCAGUUCGUAGGCGUGGAAGGUUUUGUGACAGGGAUUCUGGAUCUUCUCCCGAGCAAAUAUGAGCAUCGCUACAAGAGGGAACUCGCUGUCGCCGUCUGCUGUUUGCUGUGCUUCAUCAUCGACAUCUCCAUGGUGACGCAGGGAGGAAUGUAUGUCUUCCAGCUGUUUGACUAUUACUCAGCCAGCGGGAUGACGCUGCUAUGGCAAGCCUUCUGGGAAUGCAUCGUGGUGGCCUGGGUGUAUGGUGCCGACCGCUUCAUGGAUGACAUCGCACGAAUGAUCGGGUACAGGCCCCUCCCCUGGAUGAAGUGGUGCUGGUCCGUCAUCACGCCUUGCGUCUGCAUGGGCAUCUUCCUGUUCCAUCUGGUCAACUAUAAGGCGCUGACAUACAACAACACGUACGUUUACCCGUGGUGGGGGGAAGUGUUGGGCUGGUGCCUGGCCUUGUCGUCCAUGUUGUGCAUUCCUGUCAGCCUCAUCUACAAGCUCUUUCUCGCCAAGGGAUCCUUUGCGGAGCGCUGGGCCCAUCUGACCAGCCCGGUGUGGGGGGCUCACCACCUGGAGUACAUGGCGCCUGACGUUAAGUCACUGAGCUCUCCCGCCAAUGAUGACAACAAGGUCAUCAUCUUCGAGAGUGUCAUGUGACCACCACCCCCCGCCCCCCACGUGACCAUCCGGACGCGUCACAUGCCCUGUUGAGGAGGCCCAAAGGAAGUGACUCAAAUCGCACUUUAUCACGCUCGUCUUCCUGUCUGACCCGCCAAAAUAUCAACACUGUGAAUCGCCACAUGCUCCUCUCUGACACUUACCUGACCUUUGACCUCUGACAGGUCAAAAGUGCCAAAGUUCUUCCCUUGCCCGCCCUUCCCCCCAUCCCACUCAGAAUACUCCAGUGCAAGAAGACGUAAGAGUUGCCUUACGUUGUUGUCUUAAUAGCAGCCGGAGGGGGCGUGGCUACAAACCAACAGGAAGUGUUUUUUUUAAUGCAGUAUGGGGCCUAUUCUCCCAUUUGUGUUUUUCUACAUGUCUGGAGUUACGUGCGUUUCCCUUAUUCGAAUUCCUGACACGUCCACCGUGCGUUUUGCAGACGCAUCAACUAAGGAGGUGGACUUUGCCGCUAUAUCAUUUUUUAAGGGUUGUCCGAAAACACGGGAAUGUUCCAAGCAAUUAUGAAUAUCACUGAAAUCCGUAAAAUGAUAAAGCGCAUUUAUAGGUUUAAAUGAUAUGUCCAAGAAUAAUAUUUGGCUACAUUUCACUGCCUAACCACAUCAUCUUCUUCCUGUCUGGUUGUUUUUGUUUCACUUGUUAUAUUGUGUAGCAACAAUGAACAUAUAUCAAACUCUUUAUGAAAACGUGGAUGCGUUUAGGGGCCCUCACACAUGAAAAAAAUAAUUACUUUUUUUUUUUUUUAAGUUAAUUUCUCUUGGAGGCCCCAAGCAGGUGCUUAGUUCGUUUAUGCCUUGGGCCGGCUCUAUUCCUUUGCCUCAUGGGAGAAUAGGUCCUAAGUGUUCAUGGCUUCCUCAAGCUCCGCCUCCCAGCUGUGGCUACCUCGCGACUUCCUGUUUCGGCUUUAGGUGUUUUCAUGCUGCGUUGCUACGUGAACAAGCAACAGUAGGUGGGGCUUUUAUUUUGGCAGAUGUGAAGCCUGUCAAGGCUUCCCCCCAUCUACAGGUGACAAAAGGGAUUUUUUUUUUUGUUCGUAAUGUUUUUGUUUUUCAAAGUGCUGAAAACUUAGUGUUUGGUGAGUUUAACAUGCUUUAAUGGGUUUUAUUUUCAUAAGCAAAACUCAGAAGAUGUACCAAAUACGGUCAAUGCAGAUCUACUUCCAGGCAAGGAGCCAAUCAGCUGAGCCAUCGCCUUUGCGACUCGAGUCGCUAUCCUAAUCAUUUAGCGCGUUAGCUUCUAGAAAAGAUGAUGUCAUGUUUUUCUUCUAGCGUUCAUCAUGGUCAUGUGAUCAGAAAGAAGCACUGAAAAUGUGAAAAGUUGUAAAUAACAGUUCAUUUUGUCACUUUAUUGUGGAAGAGUGUCAGGAUGAACGCAAACAGGAAGUGAGGUUUCAGUGAAUGACUUAGACGUGACAUUUACUUUGCUAAAUUAACUUUUUUUGUAACUCUUGUGAGACUAAACAAUUAUCAACUAAGUAUUUUGUUACUGGGAUAAAAAAAAUGACUGAAUUGAACAUCUAUAUGAAUGAGCUUUUAGUGUCAAAUUAAUUCUUUGUGUGAAAAAAAAUGGUCUUACUGCACUUUUUUUGUUGUUUACGUCCGAGCAGAGCAUAUCUCCUCCAGAGAAAAUCUUUGAUCUAACAUUACCACACAUAAGCAGCCAAUAUGGCUUCAUUAUCAGGAACGUAAACAAGGCCGCUCGUUGGACUGUAAUUACAUCAGUCAUGUGAUCAUUGCUCGCUAACCAAAUAACAGCAAUAAAACUAAUGUGAUACAAUCACCUGUGUACGUGCGUGUGCUCACAAACACGGACACAAAGAGCAUCACUAUACUACUUAAAACUGCAAGCCCCUCCCCCAUUAAAGCUAAUUAGUCACAAGCCAAUCCUUAGUGGAGUCAUACACAAGCUACAGU